CUUGACUGUUUCGUUUUGAUUUCAGGAGUUGAAGAAGCAGAGAGUAAAAUUGAGCUUUGAAGAUUGGAGAUGUUGAGAAGAGCACUGAAAGCGGUGACUUCACAUUCCAUCACCAAUUCACACCUCCGCCCUUUUCUCUCUCCUCAAUCUACAUCUUUUUUCUCAUCUUCAUCAUCACAAACUUCACCUACGCAUUUCGUCGAACAUGUUGCAGGCGACAACAACAACAACAAUGAACCAAACCUUCAAACUCCCACCGCCAUCUCCAUUGAUCGCUCUUCCCUUCAUACCCCUCCUGAACAUUCUCAUGAACCCAGUUCAGAUUCUGAGCUUGUCAAGCACCUAAAAAGCAUAAUCAAGUUUCGUGGAGGUCCUAUCUCGGUGGCUGAGUAUAUGGAGGAAGUUCUCACAAAUCCAAAAGCUGGUUACUACAUGAAUCGUGAUGUCUUUGGUGCAGAAGGUGAUUUUAUCACCUCUCCUGAAGUCAGCCAGAUGUUUGGGGAGAUGAUUAGUGUUUGGGCCAUGUGUCUCUGGGAACAAAUGGGGCGGCCUGCUAAAGUUAAUCUAGUGGAGCUUGGUCCAGGAAGGGGAACCCUUAUGGUCGAUCUUUUACGUGGGGCAUCUAAGUUCAAAAACUUCACAGAAUCCGUGCACAUACACUUAGUCGAGUGCAGCCCUGCACUAAAGGAACUCCAGCACCUCAAUUUGAAGUGCGUGGAUGAAGAUAACGUAUCUUCAGACAGUGAGUUAAAGACAAUAAGCAGACUAACUGGAAACUCUGUAUCAUGGCAUGCUGCUUUAGAGCAUGUUCCAUCUGGAGUGCCAACAAUCAUAAUAGCCCACGAAUUUUAUGAUGCUCUACCUGUUCAUCAGUUUCAGAGAGCUUCUCGUGGCUUCUGUGAGAAAAUGGUUGACGUAGAAGAGGAUUCAGCGUUUCGUUUUGUUCUCUCGCCUACUUAUACACCUGCACAGAUUUUCCUGGCAAAGCGCUGCAAGUGGGCUGUGAAAGAGGAAAUAGACAAGCUCAAUCAGAUUGAGGUUUGCCCAAAAGCUAUGGAGUUGACUGAAUUGAUUUCUACAAGAAUAGGUUCUGAUGGUGGCGGAGCACUUAUCAUUGACUAUGGUCUAAAUGGAAUAGUUUCUGACAGUCUUCAGGCAAUUCGAAAACACAAGUUUGUUGAUAUUCUUGAUGACCCUGGAACUGCAGAUCUCAGUGCUUAUGUUGACUUUGAGUCGAUUCGUCUCUCUGCUGAGGAGGCUUCAGAAGAUGUUUCGGUACACGGUCCUAUUACUCAGUCCCAGUUGUUGGGUUUUCUGGGGAUAAAUUUUCGAAUUGAAGCUUUAUUAGAGAAUUGCACGACAGACGAGCAAGCAGAGAUUCUGCGAGCAGGAUACUGGCGUCUUGUGGGCGAAGGUGAAGCCCCUUUUUGGGAGGGCCCCAAAGACAAGGUUCCUAUCGGGAUGGGUACUCGGUAUUUAGCUAUGGCUAUUGUCAACAAGAAUCAAGGCGUUCCUAUUCCAUAUCAGUGAACUAGAUUUUAGGAUACCUAUAGAAUAGGAAAGUUAAACGGUCUUGAUGUAAUAGAAACGCCACUUAAAAAGAGCGUCACUGGUUUCUCUUUUUUUUUAAAAAAAAAAAAAAUUUAUUGUGUAACUCAGUUACUCACAAUUUGUCAUAAGAGGUUUUAUCUUUGUAAUUUGGAUGAACAUAGUUCUGUGGAUCCUUUUAUAAUCAAAUGGCUAAGGAUCUUAACUAUAA